AUUAUAAAAUUAUAUCUUUGUUUUAACUUUUGGUUGCAGUAAAGAAAGGACCAAUAACUUAUUUGUACUCCAAUCUACAGUAUUUCGCUCUGUGAUUUUCUGUCCAACAUAAUUAAAGACAUCAAUUUUCGAAUUGAGUAACACUUCGAGAAGAUCGUCGAGAUUUACUAUAGAUCUAGUUUCUGAUCGACAUUGAAAUGACAAGAUGUCAGAGGCAAACUAGAUUGGGAUCUUUGGCCAAAUUUAGGAGGGAAGUCAAAUGGGGAUUGUUGUGAAGUGCCGCAAGUGUAAUUGUAAAAAGUGCGCGAGAGAGUUAUAGUUGUGAGAGGUUAACAAAUCGAUGUUUCUUUAUGGUAUUGCGAUCUGUGAUAUGUUAUAAAAUACCACGCUUUCUAGUACGCAGAAGACAAGAUAAAUCCACACGGCGAGUAUAAUUGUAAUUUGUGAAUAGCGUCUUAUAAGUGUAUGGUAGGGAAAGUUUCAUAAUUUUGAUUAUGGAUCCGCUUUUUGUCUACGUUUCAGUGUGGUGGAUAUGAAGCUAAUAUAUGCCAAUAACUUAAAUCGCUUGUGAACUUCUCUAGUGUUUCAUCCUUUUGCUUAGUAAUACGAAUAAAAAUGUUCAGUUCAUAACUACGAUAUGCUUGUGUUGUCCACGUUUUAUUUAUGUUUUUUGAACCCACCCUCAAACGCGUUGACAGAUUUACGUUUAGGAUUAGAUUAGGUUGGAAGGGGAACAUUUGUGACAUAGGGACGCCAACGAUUGUGAAUAUCAAGUAAUGAUUGUGAAUGUCAAGUAACUGUCGUGGCACAAACAUUAACUGGAGCAUUCCAUUUAUUAGUCCAUCAGCGACGAAGCUGUUUGAGUUACAGGUAAUGACGUUAAUGUAAACGUGCAAGUAUAGGUUAUAGUAUAUUUGCAGUUUGAAACCGGUACUCGUUCCCUUCUAAAUCGUAUUAGAGAACGUCAUGAAGGAUUUUUUUUUUUUUGCAUCCUUGUAUUUCUAAAUUUCAGUUUUCUACCGUGGAUAGUGAUAUCUUACUGAACAAAUUCAUAGUAUUUCUGAGUAAGAUUGUUAGCGGUAAUAAUGUUUGGUAGAUUGUUAAUGUUGAGUGCAUAGAAAUGGACUGAAAAGUAUUGCCUUCCGUUCGUACUAGUUGCCAAGUCCUUGGUGACAUUGUUCGUAUGUAUUGUGGAUGUAGAGUGGAGUUCUGUUAAGUGUCACACUGUCAUAGAGCGCUACCAGUAUGUAUUCAGAUGUCGAGGACAUCGAAGUAGAGGACACCUCGACAAUCCUUGCGAGGAGACAGAGGGAAGACGAGCUUUCUGCCAAGAUGCAGGAGCUGAUCGCCAAUUUCGACAAAUAUUUGGAGGAAAAAGAAAAGCGCGUCACCGAAGAUGAUAAAAAGGAAGUGGAUUCGCUGGUGGAGAGUAUCUGCAAGAGUGGGCCGAGUGACAUUCAGGAGAGCUGCACAAUCGAUGCCGCCUCCUGGAAGCCACCGGAAGAGGUCGUGUGCGCGCGAGACUGCUUCCGUGUCUUCUCUGCGGACACCCUGUCGCUGUCAUGCUUCCCUGAGGUGGGGGCGGCGCACUGCAAGUACUGCGAGCAUCUGACCGGCCCGGGCACCUGGCAGCAGGUCUUACCACACGUCGAGGUCUUCGCCCAGCAGACCCACGUGCAUCGGUGUGCUGUUGCAGACACCUUCCCCAAGUUCCUCUUCUACCAGAUGUCAGUCUGCGAUGACGCAGUCGCAGUCAGGCGCUUCUACCACGCCCUGUGUGCGUGCCGAUUUGAGCCGCCCUUGAUGCUGGACGAUAUUUUGACAGUGUUCUACAACUGGGGGUUCAAUAAGAAUCUAGUGGAUUACAGUUUUGAAACCAACGCAGAUGUGCAGGUACUGAAAUCGAAAUGCGGACACGAAGCUGACAGCGUAGCAGCUGCGAGUGCCUCGGAAAUGGAUCCUGGUGGCAGUGUGUCGGGCUUCCCAGUCAGCUCCCACACUGUGAAUGACACAUUGAAGUUCGUCCUGCUCAAACUGCCUCAUCUUGGCGUAUCAUCGCAGGACGAGGGCAAGGUGCUUGCGGUCCUGCGGGUGUUCGCUGCCUCUCUGGCAGACAGUUCGCUCGUCUUUGCCGGCAUCUACCUUCGCCCGUUGAUGUACAAGAUGUUGGACUGCUUGCACAUCGAGACGUGGCCCGACGAGAAGUACCUGAAGCUGGUAAAGACGCUGCACAUUCGUGAGUUCAGCGUGUUCGGGCAGUACGCGUCUGUGAGGGCGCUGGUGGACCGGCCUGUGCGAGAUGACAGGAGUGCCCUCAAAGGGUGUGUGGCCUGGGCUAUACUGCAAGUGCUCCACGGUGUCGCGCCUGACAAGGUGAAGUACAUGACGCGUCUAUGGCCGGAGUGCUUCAACAAGUUACCGCCGGGCCCCGUGCUGUACUCGGAGCUGCCUCCCAGGCAGCUGUACCUGUCACUUCAAAUGCUGGGAGACUGCGCGUCCUCCGCAGCUCGGGCCGACGCCGAAGACCCGGCCUUCUACGGCAGGCUGCUGCGUCACAUCUACUGUCUGCAGCAGGAGCUUCCCCGGAUGUCAGUAAUGGACAGCAACAUCAUCAAGUGUCAGCUCGUCCACCUGGAUUUCUUCUGGAAGUCAAUAACAAAUGACUUGCUGGAGAGGCAGGGGCGCCCCAACGCAUUGCUCUCCUACAUGCGGGACCUCUUGCAGCAGUGAGGGCCUGCACUCACUUAUGGCAUCAAAUGCAAUAAAUAAAUAAAUAAAUAUUAAAAAUGGCAAAGUCUUCGGCUGACUACAGCUAAAACAAUGAACAACCUCUUAAUUCCCAUGCAACAAAUAGUAAUGCACUGCAAAUCAAUGCCCCCUUUUAUUUUUAUUAUUUCCCACCCUUCCUUCAAAGAGCAAUUAACUUAUCUGAGUGCCCUUCCGAUCACUGGAAACUCCAUAAGAAUUAGUUCAUAUCUCUCUCCUCACUGUGUAUUGUACAGUGAUAUAAUUUUGUAGGAACAUCGAGUAGUAUAUGUGGACACAGUCUGCUAAA